AUGGUCUCUGAUGCAAAUAAUGAAAACACUGAAACAGAAAAUCCGUCUGGAUCUGAAGAUGUUGUCUCCGAUCCAAAUAUUCAUACUCCUAGCCUAUUAGAGAGACAAUUUGGUAAAUUUCAAUCUAAUGAUGCUACAAAUGAUACUUCACUUGGAAACACUGAUGUAAGCACUACAACACCCCUCAGUCUUAGUAUACCAACUUUUGAGAAUGUUUACGAGUUACCCACUCCAAUGAUUUAUUCACCAAAUUCACCUAAAUUUACAUUUUCACCAAAAGCCUCCAAAGACUCCACAUUUCGACCACUUCACAUCGACAAGAAACGACAACUGCAUCACAAGAACCUAGAAGAAGUCAAAGAUACUGCUCGUAUUGUGUCUGAAUUGAUUCCUCCUCCUUCUAUCAGCUCAAAACGUAUCAUAUCGCUUCCUUCUGUCAAUAAUGAAGUUCCCUCUUUAUCACUACAUACAGUUAAAGAAGAAGAAGAAGAAGAAGAGGAAGAUGCAAUUUCACAAGAUGAAACACAAUUGACUGGUUUCUUAUUGAACAAUCUUGAUACACCAAUCGAAUAUACGAAAGUAAGACAAAUUGGAACAGGCAAUUUUAGUACCGUCAAUCUUUAUCAAAAUAUGAAUACGAAUGAAUUUGUUGCCAUUAAGAAAAUGAAAUAUCCAAACGAUAUGAUAUCAAACACUGAAAAAUUAUCCAGAUUGGAAAGUUCAUUAACAAGAGAAAUCAAAGUACUUCAAAAUCUUAAUCAUCCAUGCAUCAUAAGUCUAUUUGGCAUCAACAAUGAAAUGUUCCUAAAUUCAACAAAACCAUUAUCUGAUUUAAUUAGAAAAUAUAAACCUGAUAAUGUCAAGAAUUUACCAGCAUGUGAAUUAAUAAUGUCAUUUUGUCAUGGAGGUGAUUUGCUUCAUGCCAUGACCUUAGUAUCUGGUGAUUUAGACCUUUGGUUAAUACAAAGAAUAUUCACUGAGUUAGCCAUUGCAGUAAAAUACUUACAUGAAAACUCUAUUGUUCAUAGAGAUUUAAAGUUAGAAAAUAUUCUAUUGAAUUAUUCAAUUGAAGAAAUUAUUGAACUGCAUCGUAAUGAAAAUAUAAAUUUCAAUUGUUUCAAUCUAAUUAAAUUGGGUGACUUUGGUCUUUGUAAAAAAUUGGAAUCAUCAGAUGAAUUAUGCACUACAAGAUGUGGUUCUGAGGAUUACAUUUCACCAGAAAUUUUAAUGGGCAUACCAUAUGACGGACAUUUAAGUGAUACAUGGGCAUUGGGGGUUAUAUUAUAUUCGUUACUUGAGGAUAGACUUCCCUUUGACCCGCCACCAAAUUCUAAUUUGAGGCAACGUAAUAGACCAAUAUCACACAGAAUUGCAAGAUUUGAAUGGAGGUGGUUCAAAUUUGCUAAUUCAAAUUCAUCGGCCAAGGACAUUGUGACAAACACUUUAACAAGAAAAAACCAACGUUGGGACAUAAAUAGCAUAUACCAAUCAUCUUUUAUCAAAGAUAUCAGCGAUACACUAGAGUUUUAA